ACAUGUACCAAGCCGUUACAGCGACACAGCUACUUAGGGUUAGCUAAUUAGCCUUUAGCGUGACGGACAUCGCUGUCCACACAAUAAAUGACCCUUGUUUGUAAACAAACGGCAGCAUUUAUGUGGCUUGGUGGUCAUUUCAAUGGCGUUUAAUGGCCACCGCCGCGACGAUGACAUUAUCGACGAAGACGAAACGCCCAAGAAGCUGCCGCGGUCCUCGAAGGAGAUGCCCGGUUUGUGCAGGAGCGACCCCCACAAUGAAGCAACUGCAGCCCCCGGACCGUCCACCUCUGAGCGGAGGACCUUCAACUCCACCGCGAGGCUUCGGUCGGACUCGGUGAAGAAAAGCAGGCCGCCUUUUCCCUGGUUUGGUAUGGACAUUGGAGGCACUCUUGUGAAGCUUGUGUACUUUGAGCCUAAAGACAUCACAGCUGAGGAGGAGCAGGAGGAAGUGGAGAACCUGAAGAGCAUCCGGCGGUACCUCACCUCAAACACGGCAUACGGAACCACGGGGAUCAGAGACGUCCACCUCGAGCUGCAGGACCUGACGCUGUGUGGACGAACCGGUAAUCUGCACUUCAUCCGCUUCCCCACCCAAGACCUGCCUGUUUUCCUCCAGAUGGGACGAGACAAGCACUUCUCCAGCCUCCACACCACCCUCUGUGCCACGGGAGGGGGGGCAUACAAGUUUGAGGGUGAUUUCAGAACGAUGGCCGAUUUAGAGCUGCACAAACUGGAUGAGCUGGACUGCCUGAUCCGCGGCGUUUUGUACAUAGAUUCGGUGAUGCCCAGAGAAUGCUACUACUUUGAAAACCCCACGGACCCAGAGCGCUGCGUGGAGAAGCCCUAUCCCCUAGAGAACCCCUACCCACUGCUGCUGGUCAACAUCGGGUCAGGGGUCAGCUUCCUGGCUGUUUACUCCAAAAACAACUACAAACGAGUCACUGGGACCAGUCUAGGCGGCGGGACCUUUCUGGGUUUGUGCUGUCUUCUGACCGGCUGCUCGACAUUUGAAGAAGCUUUAGAAAUGGCGUCCGAAGGGGAGAGCACACGAGUGGACAAACUGGUGCGUGAUAUCUACGGAGGGGACUACGAGAGGUUCGGGCUGCCGGGCUUUGCUGUGGCCUCGAGUUUUGGCAACAUGAUGUCCAAAGAAAAGCGAGAGUCUGUUUCCAAAGAGGACUUGGCGAGGGCCACUUUGGUCACCAUCACCAACAACAUCGGCUCCAUCACCCGAAUGUGUGCUCUCAAUGAGAACAUUGAGCGAGUGGUGUUUGUGGGAAACUUCCUCCGAGUGAACACUCUCUCCAUGAAGCUGCUGGCUUAUGCUAUGGACUACUGGUCUAAAGGACAACUCAAAGCACUGUUCCUGCGACAUGAGGGUUACUUUGGGGCAGUUGGAGCGCUGCUGGAGCUUCUCCAUCCCUCUGAAUGUUUGUGAAUGAAUCUCCCACCUGUCAAUGCUGCAGAAACACUGAGCACUUUUGACCCAAGAUGUUCUUUUGUUCUUUUACCACAAAGUUUAACAGCAGAGGAGCAGCUGCUGUGACUCAACCAAAGUUUGUGUCACAUCUCAUGGACUUUACCUCCAGUGGCCUUCUUUCAUUCAGCCUGUGGACAGAGUUACUCAUCACUGUGACAACCGCAGGGCCAAAGAUGUUUGGUCUGUUGCAUUACAUUAUUUAAAUGGAGGUUUCAGAAGACAGUUAUAAGACUGGAAAGUCCAAAAAUGGACAUGUGAUACUUAAUACUUUGAUACUUGUGUUUGUAUAAUAUUUACAGAUAAGUUCUGCCACAGAAUAUGAUGGUUUAUUGCUACCCCUUGUGGCUGGAUUCGAUCAUUUGAAUUAACGAAUUAAUAGAUUAAUAGGCCUAUUAAAUAUCUGAGUACGUUUUUUUUUCAGUUUUUUGUCCAUUUUGUAUUGAACCUAGUGCAUGGUAAACUAGUAAUAAUAUACAGUAUGUAUAUUUCCACACUGGAGAUUUGUAUUUCUUUUUGUGUGUCAUUAGCAAUACAUUGAAUACAUUUAUCACUGUUGAAGUUUUAUUUGACAAAAUUAUCUUUAAUGUGUAUUGUGGUUUCACAAUAAAUACUGCACUAAUGUUGGGGUUCCCCCAAUUAAAAACAAGAGCAGGUUUUAAGACAAUCAGACAUAACUUAUGUAACUUAAUACUGAGCUGCUUUAAAUUUUAACCCAAAGCACAUGUCUCAUUGAAAUGUUCCUUUUUUAUAAGUAACGGGACCAUCUAUGAAAGUACUGUUGUCUGUUGGUUUUCAUCUAAAGUGCCUGUCGUAUUACAUUUCUGCAAAAAAAGGAUUGGAUGAAUGUCACCAAAAAUAGAUUUUCAUACUGAUGUUUUUAAAAUAAACACUUUGGAACUU